AAAGCUCUGAUUGGUCCACUCAAGAGCUACCCCUGGGCAUUUUUCCUCAAGCAGUUGCUUCCUGUAUGAUACCCGUCAAAGGGGCUGUGAGCACUGUAAGAGCUGCUAGCCAGCCUGCUGAUCCUGUCCCCCGGUCUUCCUCACCCAGCUCCCCAGUCAUCAUUCCUGGCCCUUUCGUGGGAGUACCUAAAAAUGGACAGUACUCAGAGGUCAGUUUCUUUCAAGGACUUGACUGUGGUCUUCACGCGUGAGGAGUGGCAAUAUCUGGGCCCUGCGCAGCGCCUCCUGUACAGGGAAGUAAUGCUGGAGAACUACAGAAACCUCAUCUCAGUGGGGUUUCGUAUUAGCAAACCAGAUGUGAUCUUAAAAUUGGAGCAAGGAGAAGAGCCUUGGAUAGUGGGAGAAUCAUCAGGUCAGAACCGUGCAGAAGGUGGUGGUGCCACAGAGAAGAGCAAGGAACAACCAGACAAACAUUUGGAGCAGCUUGUAGUCUCCACUAACAAAAUGAUGCCAGAAAAAGCUAAUCUGUUGGAGAAAACAGUCACUCGUGACAUGAGUAUCGUUACUUCAGAAAAAAUGCUCCAUAAAUAUGAUCCAGGUGGAAAUGACUUGAAAACUAGUUCAAAAGAAACAGUGGCAAAGCAAAGCCAGGCAAGUGCACAGGUAGCUGUGGAGCAUGCUGGGAGUGGGAGGCCUCCGCCGCCGCGCACGAAGCCUGACAAGAGUCCCUCUGGGGCGAAGCAGGCCAAAUGUGAUGAAGUCGGGGAUGCUGGGAGCGAAGGGGAAGAUGUCACGCAGCACCGGAAUAACCAGCCUUUAAGCCCACCCUCCGAACAUAGCAAACAUGGGGAGCCUUCCGAGGAGCCAGCCGCCUCUGCGGGGACGGAGGAACGCCCUGAGAGGAAGCGAAAUGAAUGCGCCGAGUGUAGGAAAACCUUCUCCAAGAGGUCCACCCUCAUUGUCCACCAGAGAAUCCACACGGGCGAGAGACCCUAUGCCUGUAAUUACUGUAGGAAAACUUUUCGUAUAAAGGCAAGCCUCACCCGGCACCAGCGAAUUCACACUGGAGAGAGACCUUACAAAUGCAAAGAGUGUGGGAAAGCCUUCAUUGACAAGUCCGCCCUCAUUGUGCACCAGAGGAUCCACGGAGGGGAGAAGUCGUAUGAGUGUAACGAGUGUGGGAAGACCUUCUUCCGGAAGUCAGCCCUGGCGGAGCACUUCAGGUCGCACACAGGAGAGAAGCCUUACAAAUGUAAGGAGUGUGGCAAUGCCUUUGGCAAGAAAUCUUACCUCAUUGUGCACCAAAGAACUCACAGGGGAGAGAGGCCAAAUGAAUGCAAGGAGUGCGGGAAAACCUUCUUCUGCCUGUCAGCCCUGACAGCCCAUCAGAGAAUCCACACAGGGGAAAAACCCUACGAGUGCAGUGAGUGUGAGAAGACAUUCUUCUGUCAGUCGGCCCUCAACGUGCAUGUGAGGAGUCAUACCGGAGAGAAGCCCUAUAAGUGCCGCCAGUGUGGGAAGUUCCUGUGCACCAAGUCAGCCCUCGUGGCGCACCAGGUAAUUCACAGAGGAAAGAAGUCCUUCGAAUGUAGUGAGUGCGGGAAGCUUUUCUACCUUAAGUCAACACUCACGAUCCACCAGAGAACCCACACCGGAGAGAGGCAUGCUGUGGGCAGCAAGUGGAGCCGGACGGCCACUGGGAAGUCAAACGGCAGUGAACAGAAGAGAGUGGACACGAAGGAGAAGCUUCCCGAGGCUCAUGAGCACAAGCGCACGGCCCACAAAAACUCACGCCGCUUUGUCCACAAGAGAACCAUAUGGGAGAGGCCUUACGAGUGUCUUGAGUGUGGGAGGACCUACUGCCGGAAGUCAGCCCUCAGGCACCACCAGAAGACACACACAGGAGAGAGGCCCUACGAGUGUAAGGAGUGUGGGAAGACCUUCUGCCAGAAGGUCUCCUUUACUGAACAUCAGCGAACUCAUACUGGGGAAAAACCUCAUAAAUGCAAAGAGUGCGGGAAAUCUUUCCGCCAUAAGUCAGCCUUCACGGUGCAUAAGAGAAUUCACACAGGAGAGAAACCGUACGGUUGUAAUGAGUGUGGGAAAAGCUACCGUCGGCUCUGGACUCUGACUGAACACCAGAAAAUCCACACGGGGGAGAAGCCGUACGAAUGCAACAUGUGUAAGAAGACAUUCCGCCAUAAAUCAAACUUCCUCCUACACCAGAAAACCCACAAGAAGUAAGUUCCAGCAGGGUGACACUUAAUUCACUGCUCCAGUCCUGAGUUGCACAUCAAGGACUGAGACUGCUGGCACAGGGACGA